AUGAUAUUAUCUUAUUCUAGUGUUCAAGAUGUCUAUGAUGUUGCCAUGUUUUCUCAAGAUCUAGUGAUCUGGUAUGUAGCUUCAAAAGCUAAAGCUGAGAAAGCUGCUUGGGAUUUUGCAAAAGAGAAUGGAGUUGAUUCAAUAACCAUUCAUCCAGGAGUAACAUUUGGUCCUCUCUUACAACCUACUAUAAAUGACAGUGUCAGUCUCAUUAUGAAUCUAACAAAUGGGCCUCAAACAUUUCCCAAUAGAGUUUAUUCAUAUCAUGAUGUUAGAGAUGUAGCUAGUGCACAUAUUCAAGCAUUUGAAGCUGGUUCAACUAGUGGAAGAUAUUUUCUAAGUGGGUAUAUUGCACACAUUUAUGAGCUUUUAAAGAUUUUACAACAGCUCUAUCCUUCUAUCACCAUUCCUCAAAGAUGUGAAAACGAUGAGCCUUUCAUGCAAAAGUUCCAAGUAUCAGAUUUGAAAGAAAAAAGUUUGGGAAUCUUACAUUCCAUACCUAUAAUGAACAAGAAAAGGGUCUCUUUAGUGUCUAAUCACAUAGGCCAAUCACAACUAUAA